GUGGGCGUGACCGACCGGCUAAGCUUUAUAACAGCCACUGAUGUCGCUCUACAGCAGCAGGUGAGUGACUGAAUGCAAGUCAUCCUGAACACAACAGUUUGGCAGCAGUAGCAGGACCUUUUGCCUUUAUAUCUGAUGAGAGUUGUAGUCAGCCAUUCAGUCACUCGGUGAAACCGUUUUGUCAAGUUUCGACGCAGCAAAAACACUGUUUAGCAACUCGUUAGCUUAGCAACCGAAAGCCACAUGGAUCUUCAAAACACCAACACUAACGUUGAGGGGAAGGAGCUGCUGAACCACGGCAAGACCCUCCGACUCCACACCGGGAAUUUAGUGAACCGGAACCGGCUGAAGAAGAAGUGUCCCGGUUCUCCCAGCGAGGAGCUUCGAGACUGCAUCCAAGCCACGCUGAGUGACUGGUUGUCGACGGCUAAACCCACAAGCACGGGUUUUCCAGACACACUGGACUGCUCCAUUCCUGAGGCGACAGAUGCCAUCACACCUGAAGAAAGGGAGGAGGUGAAGAUUUCAGCGAAGCUUUUCCUCUGCGAGUCGGGUCAGUCAGCUAUCAGGGAUGCCGUGGAGACGGCUUGCCAGACGUUGGCAGUUUCCCAGCUUGACUCUGUCAUCAUAGCGCCCCCUGGGCCUGUGGAGGGUGAUGGCCGGAGUCUGGCUCACCUGCAGCCAGCGUGGGAGGAGCUGGAGUCUCUGGUGAGGAAGCAGAAGAUCGCCGCCAUCGGCACGUCUGACCUGGACAAAGAGCUGCUGGAGCAGCUCUACAACUGGGCCCAGGUGAAGCCCAGCAGUAAUCAGGUGAACCUGGCCUCCUGCUGCGUGAUGCCGCCCGAUCUGACCGCCUUCGCCAAAGAGUUCGACAUCCAGCUGCUCACACACAGCGACCCCAAAGAGCUGAUGUCAACAGCCACAUUCCAGGAGGCGAUGCAGGAAGGAGCGGCGGGCCUGAGCGCCACCGACUGGAGGCUGGAGUGGGUCCUCCGCUACUCUGUCAUCGUCAAAAGCCGCGGCAUCAUCAAAUCCAAGGGUUACCUGGUCAGCGCGAGGAGGGCGAGCCCCUAGCACUCAAACAAACAGAGAGAGAGAGAGAGAGGGGAAGGAAAACACACGGAUGAAGCCAUUUUCCUCAGCCGUCAUUCUCACACAGAAAGUUCCAGCUCCGAUUAAUGGACGCUGCUAGUCAUGAAGUAAUUAAAGCAAUUUAUCUCCCUGAUAAAGUCGCAUCUUCCUCGUUUCUAACUUCAACAGAAGCACUUGGUGGUUACCGGUAUCACGAAACGCUUGGUGAAUCAUCACCAGCAGCAGCAUUGCACUGACAGCCGCUCAGAAACGCAGUAAAUGAUGUUUUAUUAAUGUGAACUGUUGGUGGCUAAACCUUGGUUGAACAUGGAGGUUGUUUAAUUGUCUUGAUGUAAAGUGCCUCUCUACUGCCCCCUUCUGUUCUCAGACUUACCUGCUUUCCACUUAUUCUGUAGGAAUGCAGCUUUGAAUAUUGGAGAGUAAAAAUGUUGGAACUGUAAAAUGAAUAAAAUUAUUCUCUACUUUUG